AAUUCUCCGCCAUGAACCUGAGGGGCCUCUUCCAGGACUUCAACCCGAGUAAAUUCCUCAUCUAUGCCUGUCUGCUGCUAUUCUCUGUGCUGCUGGCUCUUCGUCUGGAUGGCAUCAUUCAGUGGAGUUACUGGGCUGUCUUUGCACCAAUAUGGCUGUGGAAGUUAAUGGUCAUUGUUGGAGCCUCCAUUGGAACUGGAAUCUGGGCACGAAAUCCCCAGUAUCGAGCAGAAGGAGAAACAUGUGUGGAGUUUAAAGCCAUGCUAAUUGCAGUGGGCAUCCACUUACUCCUGUUGAUGUUUGAAGUGCUGGUCUGUGACAGGAUCGAGCGAGGCAGCCAUUUCUGGCUUCUGGUCUUCAUGCCACUGUUCUUUGUUUCCCCAGUGUCUGUUGCAGCUUGUGUUUGGGGCUUUCGACAUGACAGGUCACUGGAGUUAGAAAUCCUGUGUUCUGUCAACAUUCUCCAGUUUAUAUUCAUUGCCUUAAGACUGGACAAGAUCAUCCACUGGCCCUGGCUUGUUGUGUGUGUCCCCCUGUGGAUUCUCAUGUCCUUUCUGUGCCUGGUGGUUCUCUAUUAUAUUGUGUGGUCUGUCCUGUUCCUGCGAUCCAUGGAUGUGAUUGCAGAACAGCGAAGAACACACAUAACAAUGGCACUAAGCUGGAUGACCAUUGUCGUUCCCCUCCUUACAUUUGAGAUCCUGCUGGUUCACAAACUGGAUGGCCACAAUGCAUUCUCCUGUAUCCCAAUAUUUGUCCCCCUUUGGCUUUCCUUGAUCACUCUGAUGGCAACCACAUUUGGACAGAAGGGAGGAAACCACUGGUGGUUUGGUAUUCGCAAGGAUUUCUGUCAGUUUCUUCUUGAAAUCUUCCCAUUUUUGAGAGAAUACGGAAACAUUUCCUAUGACCUUCAUCAUGAAGAUAAUGAGGAAACAGAGGAAACCCCAGUUCCAGAACCUCCUAAAAUUGCUCCUCUGUUUCGAAAGAAGACCAGGGUAGUUAUCACCCAGAGCCCUGGGAAGUACAUCCUUCCACCUCCCAAAUUAAACAUUGAAAUGCCAGAUUAGACACCACUUCCUGGGGCAGAAUGCAAGUGCACUGGGAUGCAUACACCCUUCUACCUUUGUUUACCCCCUAGAACCAGAACUGGAGUUGGGCUCCAGGUACUUCCAUCUCAUGCCUUGUUUGCACUCAAUGCCUGCCAGUGACUCACCACAAUGGGUCACACAGGUGGCAGGUAACUGGAACAUGUGGUGUGGUUUGGGGUGUGCCAACAGAUGUGGAUGCAAUGGAGGGAGCUUGUGUGAGAUGGGGAGAUCAAGCUGGUUCAGACCCAUUGGUGAUGGCUGAUUAGGCCAGAGAAGUAACAUCUACAGAACUGGUUUUCAAAGUGCUAAAAUUCAUAUCAAAAGUGUUAUUUGAAAAUGCCUCUUUAAACCUAGCCAGCCUUGCCACUUAGCUCAGAUUCUCCUGUUGUGGCGUAGUCAGUAGGAACUGUAAAUAGGCCUCUCUGGCACCAUGUGUGUAUCCACACAAUUGUUACUGUUCAUGUUCCUGCUGUGGAAGUAGUUUCUCUUUGGGCAUGCUGACAGCACUUUUUAAUGGCCCUGUUGGGGAGCCCUUUCUAAUGGAGUGACUCCAUGCUUGUAUAGUAAUUAUACGAAUAUUUUAACAUUGCAAUAUACCAUGUUAAAUCCUAGUUCUGUACAGUAUAUUCUGUUAAAGUAUUUUUUUACAAGAUUGUACUGGAGACAUACAUGUUCUGGUGCCGAAGUAGAAGUCAGUGGCACACCUGUCCCACCCACUGUGUUGCCACCCCUUAACAGGACAUCACCAUUUCCCCUUGAAUUUCUCCACAUACAUAGUAGCUUCUACUGCCAGAAUAGCCACAAUAAGCAAGAAAUGGUCUGUGCUUUUCUAACAUUCUGGGAAUAUUGGCUUGCUGGAAAACUAUAAAGCACUUGAAACUGGAACACUGGAUGAAGUUGCUGAGUCUAGGAACAGCCAGUGGAAUUGUGUAUCUAAGAAGAUCUGAGGCUUUUUGUCUGGCCUCAACAAAAACACUUCUGGCUGGGCCUGUGCUUUUAACUAGAAGGGCAGUUCCUCCAAGAGCUGGUGGAGAACCCAUGAGUCAAAGUAGAUCCUACAGGUAACAACCUUCUGCCUCUGGGAACAAAUAGGCCAUUUUUUAAAUGGAAGGUAAAGGGAAUACUGGCAUUCUCAUCCAGGAAAAGAGUGGGCAUAAAGAGAGGAUUUAAGGUGGGCAUCUGCUAACUUGUCUAAACCAAGUUCUACUGAUGUCCACAACAUACUUGACCCCAGCCUGGCCCUGGCCUCCAGCCAGACUGUUCUGUCUGGGGGAAAGGGACGCUUAUGGAAUGGGGUAGCCUUUCCUGCUUGGUGUGUAACAAAUGUAGAUUAGUCCACUAUUUUUGCUCCCUUUAGCUGUUCAAUAAACUGGUUCCUCAUUUUCCAUGCACACUGUGUGGGUCUUGCUUUAGAUAUGGUCUGGGGCACUGGAAUUGUUCUGAGCUAGAGGGGAAGGAAACUGCUAGCUGCCACAGGUGGCUGUGGCAUGUGGGAAUGGGUGAACAUCCCUGAUGAGUCGUCAGGUACAGUGUGAAUGCAGUUCUGCAAUUGUUACAGCUUAGGGGCCUUACAAAAGUAUUCUGGGGUUCCAAGACACUUUUAAAGCUGAAAUUGGCUGUUCAGUGGUCCCAAGGCAUUGCCUGGUCACAUCAGCAGCUGAGUAUUGCUUAUGAAGAAAUAAAAUAGUCUGUGAUUUCUGUAUAGCUCACCCUAGCUGCCUGUACAGUUUAAUGGACAUUUAAAUCAGGUGGCAUUUCAGUCCAUGCUUUUCAGCAACUGACAAGGAAGUCCACCAUUUGCUGGUGACAGAUUAUUUCCUGCAGGAGCCAAAGGCCACAGAUGUAUCAUUUUGAAAGCUCAUUAGAUUUCAGACUUGCUGUUAGACAAAACACCCUUUUUGGUAACCACAGUAGCUAUGAUUUAAGUGUCCGGUACCUUGCUACUAAUGUACAUCCUGUUGAAUCCUAAGGACUCCAUGAAGCAGGUGCAACUACUAUUAUCCCCAUGAGUAAAUGUAGCCUCAGAGAGGUCAAGUAACAGGACCAGAGUCAUGCAACUAGGAAACGUCAAAGCUGAGAUGCCAGUGUUCCCUAGUCAACAGUAUCUCUAUGACACCCCUCUUUCUGUUUGCAUACUGCAUGUUCAUACUGUGCCUGAAGACUCAUUAGAGAUGUUCAAUUACCCCCCACAUGCCUCUGUUCUCCAGCCAAUGGUAGAAUUUCCAUGAUACCCCUUUUUCCUUCUGCAUGCUGCAUAUCAGACUGUACCCCAAGACUCAUUAAGGAUGGUCACUCACCCCCGCAUCCCUUAGCCACCUGUGGCACCUAGUGGUUUCCUUUGAGGAAAAGGAAGAGAUAACUGUGGGAGAGAAGAGAGGGCAAAGCCCUCUAAAUCCUGGGCACAAUCUGACUCAGAGCUCGGUUGGGGGGGCAGUGAAGUCCUCUUGGUGGUCUCCACCUGGACUCAGCAAGACCUGGGCCCAUGCCCUCUGCUAUCUGAGUCUGUAUCCCUCAGACCAAGGCUUUGACUCCCCCAGAUUUCCCCAGGCAUGUGGAAGCAGGGGGAAUUGCUCAGCCUGAGAGCUCCAUCCAGGGUCCCGUAGAGCUGAGAGUAACACCGGGAGUUGAAUUCUGUAGUGCCCUCUGUUCUGAGGCGUGUGGACUCCUCAGUCCUCAUUCAGGAGGGUCCCCACAACCCUUGCGAGAUCUCUGCAGUACCAGUAUAGAUGCCAGAGGGGGCUCUGAAGUGCCCAGGAUGUGGGGGAGGGGCAGAGAAGAAGCCCCCCCUUCUCAUCGUGUUUCUUCACCAGCUCAGCUGACACUUGAGAAACUGUUUUAAAGCUUAGUUAUUACCGAAGACGCUGAGCAGUGGCAGGGAUUCGGGGAGGUCCUGUGAGUUUGCAGUUAUCUGUCUACCUUUGCCUUGUAGAGGGCAGGGAUUUUCACUUUUUGAUCCUCAUUCAUAGGACAUUUUACAUCUCUACCUAGUAUAUGUGUGCAUUAUUUGUAUAUAACAUAAAUGUAGAUUAGAUGUACUUAUAUACCCAUAUAUGUAUAUGCCAUGUACAUAAAUAUUUAGGCAUGCUUGUUCAUGUCAUAUGGAUUUAUAUAUAAUAUACUGUUAUUUUAUUUAAGAAUACCUACUCUUACUCUGCAUGAUUCACUCUGAUACUUCUUCUAGUCUAUUCUUUAUAGUCUAUUAGAAUAAUAAUUUUUGAAAGGCCAGUCACCCAUUAAGAUUGUUUCACGAGGCUGUUAGCACAGACUCUGAGUCACAUGCCUCAAACAUCCCAUCUUUCCUACUUUCUAGAUAUUGCCCCAGGGCUACUGACAUGUGUGGUCUGAAGGCCUCAGAUUUGUGCGGUAAAGUAGGGACAGAAGUUUAAAAUCUUCUGCCCAUCCUGUCAUCCACAUCAUGUAGCCCCUCCAAACUUGCCUUCUCCCCCAUGUCCCCACCCCAUAGCUCACCACAGCCUUCAGCCUCCUCCAGGGCUUUUUAUGUUUUGUUGUUUGGAUUUUGUUCAUAUUGUGUGUGUGUUUUUAAGACGUCUUUUCUAGAGCACUUUUAGGUGCACAGAAAAAUAGAAAACAGUACAGAGAUUUCCCAGCAACCCCUUGCCACCACCCAUGCUUAGCUUCAUCCAUUAUCAAUGUCCCCCACAAGAGUGGUACUUUUGUAACAACAGAUGAGCCUACAUUGAUAUAUCACCUUCACCCAAAGUCAAUAGUUUACAUUAGGGUUCACUCUUGGUGUACAUUCUGUGAGUUUGGACAAAUAUAUAAUGGCAUAUAUCCAUUAUUAUAGUGUGGUACAGAGGACUUUCACUGUCCUAA